AUGGACAAAUUGGAACAAAGUUAUUUGGUUAAUAGUGAUGAAGUCGAUGAUGAUAGUGUAGAUGCACAAUUUGAUGUCAAUGCUGAAGAUGGGGUGGAUGAUGAGCGUAAUGUGACUCUUGAAGAUUGUGUGAAUGUCGAAGAUGGGUUGAAUGUUGAAGAAGGAGUCAAUCUUCAAGAACAAGUGAAUGUGGAAGAUUCGAGUAGUGGGGCUUUGGAGCCAUUUAUUGGUAGGAUAUUUGACGAUGUGGAAGACGCCCAAUCAUUUUACAAAGCUUAUGCAAGACGGAAAGGUUUUGCAAUUCGGACAAAUCAUACUCGAUUGUCGAAAGAUGACAAAAAACUUUGUGUAGUAGACUAUGUUUGCACAAGGGAAGGAUUUCGACGGGUAAGUCGAAAAGAAAAAGAAAGAACAGUUCCUGAGAUUGCUGAGACAAAGAUUGGAUGUAAAGUAAUUAUGGGAGUAAAAAAAGAUGGUGAAAAGUGGAUGGUGAACAAGUUUGUGGUUGGACAUAACCACAUUCUACUUACACCAAGGAGUGCUAGUUUGCUCUGCGGAAAUAGAAAGGUUACUAAAGUCCAAAAAAAACUUAUCAUGACUUUGAAUGAGUCCGAUGUACCGACAAGAAAGAUUAUGUCAGUGUUGAGUAAAGAAUCAGGUGGUGACUUCAAUGUUGGCUGUAUUGGUAAGGAUGUUGAAAACUACUUAGGAAACAAGAGGAGAAAAGUAUUUGAAGAGGGGGAUGCACAAAGGUUAUAUUCUUAUUUUCUUGAGCGACAACUCACAGAACCUGGGUUUGUGUACUCCAUGCAAGUUGAUAAGGAUGGGUGUAUGGGAAGUUGUUUUUGGGCUGAUGCGCGAUCAAGAGCUGCAUAUCAGUAUUUUGGAGAUGUUGUUACAUUUGAUGCCACAUACCUGACCAAUGUGUAUAAGAUGCCAUUUGUGCCAUUUUCUGGAGUUAACCAUCAUCAUCAGACCAUAAUGUUUGGUUGUGCGUUAUUGGUUAAUGAAACAGCUGAAUCAUAUACAUCGUUAUUGAGGACAUGGCAAGAGGCAAUGCUUGGUAAAGCUCCUGCAACUAUUAUUACCAACGAUGACAAGGCAAUGGCGAAGGCAAUUGCAGAGGUACUCCCGAAUACAACUCAUAGGUUAUGUUUGUGGCAUAUUUUACAAAAGUUUCCUGAACACUUGGCCCAUGUUUAUAACAAAUUCCCGGACUUUGGCAAAGAUUUCCGUCAUUGCAUCCAUGAGACAAUUACAACUGAUGAGUUCGAGCAAGAAUGA